CGCAGGUCCCCCGCAAGGAUGGAUGGAUCCUUCGAUCCCGGGCGUAGGACAGGAGUUUCUUCCUCUCCUCCCCCCCCACAAAAGAAUGCCGAGCUCACGAGUGGCGACGCGACAGGAGAAGCUACCAUCACCCGAAACCACCGUAUUUUAGACCUCUUUUAGACUCUCAGAGAUGUCGAUCUCCGGGUUCGCCCUCCGAAAUAACGGCUCGUGCGCCGACAAUGAGGUCGAUUGCGGCCAGACGGCCGCUCCGUACCACGCGUGCUGCCCCAAGUCGGCCUUCUGUCCGAGGCAGUAUAACGUAGACUGCUGUCCCUCGGCCGAGAACUGCACUACAACGCUGCUGCGGGAUCCGCAGUGCGCGAACCGGUCGUGGGACCUCUACGACAACGGCGGAUACUUCUGCUGCGAGAGGGGCUUCGUGGGCUAUGCCACGCCGGGGAACAGCGACGGGUGCGCCGCCCCGGGAUACGCGUUCCGGAGCGGCGAGAAGCUGCUCCCCAUAAUCUCCUCAGCAACACCGUCGUCCACCACAUCUCCGAUAUCGACGACUCCCUCCUCCAGCCCGUCGGCCUCAGCCACGACGCCGGCGGACUCAUCGGGGGGCGGAGGCGGGUCGGAUAAGGGCGCCAUAAUCGGCGGUGUCGUGGGAGGCGUCGUGGGCGUGCUCGUGCUGGUGGCUCUGUCGAUAUUUUUCUGGAGGAGGCAGAAACGGUCGAGGGGCAACCCGCAGGACAGCACGGCUUAUAAAGGGGGCAUCGGAGGGGUUCCGGAACUCGCGGGCUCUGACCUGACGCCGGAACAGAGAAGCGCGCACGAGAUGGACGGCUACGACGGUCGGGGGAAGGUCGCCGGCCCGGCGCAGCUCCCCGAACGGCAUGAAUAUAAUGAGCUUCAGGCCUGAGCGAGUUAACGAUGUCUUGGCUGGGAAACAAGAAUCAAUUGCGACCUGUGUUGGGCAACACGGUAGCGGCCAUCUUAAGUUGCACCCUGAUAAUACGCCCCAGUCUGCCUGCGAAUUGAGAGGGCCGGCUAGUACCACGUGAUAUUCCAGAUUGCGGCCACACUAGGAAUAUUUAACCUUAUUCCCC